GGGAAAUGGAUGGGCCGAAAAACUUCAUUUUCUUUGGAGAGUGACAUCACAGCAAUUGCUGCUACAACUACAACAGCUGCUACUGCUACUAUUCGAAAAUAAUAAAACUUAAUACCUACCCUCAGUAAAUACAGAUACCCAUCGUCAUCGCGAUGCUUGUUUAGUCGCUAAGUCCCGUAUUACAGCCCUCCGAGCGACUCAAUUGGCGAUAUGAGCCGCAGUCAGUAUGCGCCUACGGCCUGCCGGAAGUCUGCUUCGUCCCUAUGCUCUCGAUAAUGUCUGCUGGAGGUGCAGUCUACAGUUAAACUCGAACUUGCGUUUGAACUACAACAAAAACUCGACUAGACGGGCCUUCGUUCAGUCGUUCGCUACAGUAGCGCCAAAGCCGAAGUCGCAUUUAAAGAAGGGUUAUUUCUUGUCCAAUAGACUUCUGCUUCAAGCCCAAGAUGCUGUAGCUUCCAAGUACUUUGCGGCCUCGACCGCGUCCAGUGAAACAACUACGAACCCUACGAGCACUGCAAACCCUACGGAUAACAAUGCCAGCGCACAAACAGCGAGCAGCCUGGGUAGUCCAGACCUACCCCACCGCCGCCGGCAAGCUGCGCGGCGCAAGGUAAUCGCAGGGAACGCCGCUAUAGCUAGCGAUUUGGGUACUACGACGACAGCCACGGCUACUACUGAGAGUAUCGACAAUUCCCCAAAUACGCUCCCACCAGAUGCAUCAUCUACCCUCACGACGGCUUCCACAAAACAUCCCGUCAACUCUCUCCGCCGACAGCUUUCACUGCUCCUAUCCCUCUCCAAACCUCGUCUUACCGUCCUUGUAGUUCUUACUGCGAUGGCGCCUUAUGCGCUCUAUCCCGUUCCUGCAUUUCUUUCCCCAUCUAUAGGUUUGGAUACACCCUCUUUAUCGCCCUUGACCCUCACGUUUCUUACGACUGGCACGGCCCUCUGCUCGGCCAGCGCCAACGCACUCAACAUGCUUUACGAACCAAAAUGGGACGCUCAAAUGACCCGGACGCGGAACCGACCGCUGGUGCGCGGGCUGCUGUCGGAACGCAGGGCUCUCUUAUUCGCCACUCUCGCAGCUUUCUUUGGGAUUGGUAGCCUGUACUUUGGCGUCAAUCCCACCGUCGCAUUCUUAGGUACCGCCAAUAUCGUGCUCUACGCUGGGAUUUACACGCCCAUGAAGCGCAUCUCAUGCCUCAACACCUGGGUCGGGGCCAUUGUUGGGGGCAUACCGCCUCUCAUGGGCUGGGCCGCAGCGGCCGGCGAGUCUGCAACAGGAGAUGGAUCGUUCCGCGAACUACUCCUUACUUCGGACGCGAUUGGCGGUUGGCUGUUCGCCACCCUUUUAUUCGCUUGGCAAUUCCCUCACUUUAUGGCUCUAUCUUGGCCCAUUAGGGAAGAGUACAAGGCGGCCGGCCACAAGAUGCUGUGCUGGGUCAACCCUGCCCGCAACGCACGAGUCGCGCUGAGGUAUAGCAUGCUGUUUGCCCCGCUGUCCAUUGCGCUCUGCACCAUAGGCGUGACGGAGUGGAGUUUUGCAGUGACGAGCAUACCUGUAAAUUUCUGGCUCGCGCGCGAAGCCGUGAAGUUUUGGAAGUACCAAGGAUUCAAGGGGAGCGCACGGGGGCUAUUUUGGGCUAGCGUUUGGCAUUUGCCGGUUAUUAUGGUGUUGGCUCUGGUGCAGAAGAAGGGCAUGUGGGGGCGGGUUUGGAGCAGCAUCGUAGGGGAGCCAGAUCUCGAGGACGAGGAGGACGAGGAUGAUGGCGACUGGAUUGCUGAUGAGGUUGGGGAGGAAGCGAAGGCCGCCGUUGGUCAGGCCCAGACUGCUGCUGCUGCACCCGCCAUUGGUAGGUGAGGGAGUGAGCUCACACAUUGGGGUUGGAAAUCCUGCAGGUUGUGGACUGGUCUGGUCUGGUCGCGGCCGGAGAAACAGCCAACCUGUACCUAGGUAGGAUCCAUCAAUCCAUGUGGUAUAUGUAAGAUCUAACGAGUAAAAAAUCACUACUUAAACUUGGACUAUGUAGAAGGCACAUAUUAUGACAUAGCAUAACACAACACAGCAUGGCUUGGAAUCAAUCAAUCAAUCAAUUCCAUAUGGAUAGGUAAACUUUAAUUA